AUGACACCAGUUUGGAAUCCACGGGCAAAUAAAGAGCGAUUUGCUCCUUCUGCUGUUGAAGUCCUCCAAAUUGUAGAAGAAACUUUGGAAGCAUUCUUUAUGCUGCCAAUACCUUCACAUUUGGUGUUGCUUCCUGAAUUAUUGGCUGGUCUUGAUGCAUGUCUUCAACAAUACAUAUUGAAGGCGAAAUCUGGCUGUGGGAGCCGAAAUACUUUUAUUCCCACUUUGCCCGCUCUAACUAGGUGUGCAACAGGAUCGAAAUUUGGUGUGUUCAAAAGGAAGGAAAAGUUGCAAAUAGCACAGAAGAGGAAAUCCCAGGUUGGGACUGUAAAUGGGGACAACUCUUUUGGGAUACCCCAAUUAUGUUGUCGCGUUAAUACUUUCCAGCAUAUUCGGACAGAGUUGGAGGUCUUGGAGAAGAGGAUAGUUAACCAUAUAAGGAAUUCCAGAUCCACUCAUGCGGACAACAUUGUUAAUGAAAUGGAGAAAAAGUUUCAGCUUUCAGCCUCUGCUUGUGUGGAAGGGAUUCAACAACUCUGUGAGGCAGCUGCCUACAAAGUCAUCUUCCAUGAUUUAAGUCAUGUUCUUUGGGAUGGCUUGUAUGUUGGGGAAGUUUCAUCAUCUUGGAUCGAACCAUUUCUUCAGGAGCUGGAGCACUAUUUGGAAAUUAUUUCAUCAACAGUGCAUGACAGAGUCAGGACGCGUGCAAUCACUGAUAUUAUGAAAGCUUCUUUUGAAGGGUUCCUGUUGGUUUUGCUCGCUGGAGGUCCUUCUCGAGCCUUCACUCUUAAAGAUUCUGAAAUACUAAAGGAGGAUUUUAAGUUUCUUAUGGAUCUGUUCUGGUCCAAUGGGGAUGGAUUGCCGACUGAAUUAAUAGAUAAGUAUUCAACCUUAGUCAAACGUGUUCUCCCAUUAUACCAUAAUGAUACUGAGAACCUAAUUGAGCAAUUCAAACAUUUGACUUUGGAAAGUUAUGGUUCUUCUGCUAAAUCUAGACUUCCAUUACCUCCAACUUCAGGGCAAUGGAGUCCCACAGAACCAAACACUGUCCUGCGAGUUUUAUGUUAUCGGAGUGAUGAGAUAGCUGCAAAAUUCCUGAAGAAGACUUACAAUUUGCCUAAGAAAUUGUAAUGACAAGAUGAUGCUCUUUAGGUUGAAAAUCACGGUGGAUCAUUCUUGACUUCUAGUAACCCUUAGAUAUUUAUUACAUCACCAUAAAUCAAAAUUUCAUACAGCAUGCCAUACUACAGGGGGCGUUGGUUAGAGAUUGCACUUUGUAGACAAAUUAUACAGCUUUUUGUAUAGUAGUUUAAUUGACUGGAUUCUUUUUCUUCAAAGCCUUCGCCAGUUGUCAAGGAAGUUAAUAAGAUCAUGGACCUAGCGCUUUGGUGUACAGUACCAGUUGGGCAAUAAGACUUGAGGAUCUAUAAAUAUGAAGAAUGGACGGACAAGGUGAGGUUCUUUGGCUUCUUACAAUUUUUUCGUAUGUUUUCCAGAGGAAAGUGAUGAACCAUAGGUUGCUAACAUGGAGGGUCUGUAAUUUGAAGAAAUUUGUUUUGAUUUUGUAGAUGCAUUAUUUAUAUGUGUUUGUUGUCAAAUGUUUA